GGGGAGGAGUCGCCGCGGGAGCUGGUCUGCAUCCGCCGCGGCGUCUCCAUGGCACGACCCUGGCCUCCGACUUCAACGACUUCAUAAGGAGGCGUUUCUGGGCGCAGCCGUGUCGCUCCUGGACAGUUGCUGUGCGACUUGGACAGUAGAGGAGCGCCUCCCAAGUUUUCAUCCACCUGCCACCCCCAAAGCUUCCACCCUUCUCCCCUCAGAGAGGACGUUUGAUGCUGGGCCCCUGAGAUUCUCAUUGACAAGCCCCUCUGGGUCCCCCUGAGCAGAGCCUGCUGACCCAAUUGCCCACCUUUGCGGCUUUGAUGCCUAGCCAUGUCUGCCUCAUCCUCAGGCGGCUCCCCCAGGUUUCCAUCGUGUGGUAAGAACGGAGUAACGAGUCUCACGCAGAAAAAGGUCUUGAGGACACCUUGUGGCGCACCCAGUGUGACCGUGACGAUCAACCUUUUUUGAGUUGUCCUCCCCCGCCUGCCAGAAGCGAACCAUGAAGGACCGCUCUUCAACACCCCCCUUACAUGUUCACGUGGAUGAGAACACCCCUGUCCACGUCCACAUAAAAAAACUCCCGAAAGCCUCCGCGACCAGCAGCCAGAAAUCUCAUAAGCGCGGAAUGAAAGGGGACACCGUGAAUGUGCGGCGGAGUGUCCGGGUGAAAACCAAGAAUCCACCUCACUGCCUGGAGAUCACGCCACCGUCUUCAGAGAAGCUGGUCUCCGUGAUGCGGUUAAGUGACCUCUCCACAGAAGAUGAGGACUCGGGUCACUGUAAAAUGAACCGUUAUGAUAAGAAGAUUGACAGUCUAAUGAACGCGGUUGGUUGUCUCAAGUCUGAGGUCAAGAUGCAGAAGGGAGAGCGCCAGAUGGCCAAAAGGUUCCUGGAGGAACGCAAGGAGGAGCUGGAGGAGGUGGCCCACGAGCUGGCCGAGACCGAGCACGAGAACACGGUGCUGAGACACAACAUCGAGCGCAUCAAGGAGGAGAAGGACUUCACUGUGCUUCAGAAGAAACACCUCCAGCAGGAGAAGGAGUGCCUCAUGUCCAAGCUGGUGGAGGCGGAAAUGGAUGGGGCUGCCGCUGCCAAACAAGUCAUGGCCCUGAAAGACACUAUCGGGAAGCUCAAGACGGAGAAACAGAUGACCUGCACGGAUAUCAACACCCUGACGAGGCAGAAGGAACUUCUCCUGCAGAAGCUGAGCACGUUUGAGGAGACCAACCGCACCCUCCGAGACCUGCUGCGGGAACAGCACUGCAAAGAGGAUUCCGAAAGGCUGAUGGAGCAACAAGGAGCCCUACUGAAACGGCUGGCGGAGGCGGACUCGGAGAAAGCGCGCCUGCUGUUACUGCUGCAAGACAAGGACAAGGAGGUGGAAGAGCUCCUCCAGGAAAUACAAUGUGAGAAGGCUCAAGCAAAGACAGCCUCUGAGCUUUCGAAGUCCAUGGAAUCCAUGCGUGGGCAUUUGCAGGCACAGCUUCGGUGCAAAGAGGCAGAGAACAGUCGCCUGUGCAUGCAGAUCAAGAACCUGGAGCGCAGCGGAAACCAGCACAAGGCGGAAGUGGAGGCCAUCAUGGAGCAGCUGAAGGAGCUGAAGCAGAAGGGAGAUCGGGACAAGGAGUCCCUGAAGAAGGCCAUCCGGGCCCAGAAGGAGCGCGCCGAGAAGAGCGAGGAGUACGCUGAGCAGCUGCACGUGCAACUUGCUGACAAGGAUCUUUAUGUCGCUGAAGCUCUGUCCACUCUGGAAUCAUGGAGGAGCCGCUACAACCAAGUCGUGAAAGACAAGGGAGACCUCGAGCUGGAAAUUAUCGUCCUGAACGACCGGGUGACAGAUCUCGUAAACCAACAACAAACCUUGGAGGAGAAGAUGCGGGAAGACCGGGACAGCCUGGUGGAGAGACUACACCGGCAGACCGCCGAGUAUUCCGCAUUCAAGCUAGAGAACGAGAGGCUGAAGGCUAGCUUCGCCCCGAUGGAGGACAAACUCAAUCAGGCGCACAUCGAGGUUCAGCAGCUGAAGGCAUCGGUGAAGAACUACGAGGGAAUGAUUGACAACUAUAAGAGUCAGGUGAUGAAGACCAGACUGGAGGCUGAUGAGGUGGCUGCCCAGCUGGAACGCUGUGACAAAGAGAACAAGAUCCUUAAAGACGAGAUGAACAAAGAGAUUGAAGCGGCACGGAGGCAGUUCCAGUCCCAGCUGGCUGACCUGCAGCAGCUGCCCGACAUCCUCAAGAUCACGGAGGCCAAGCUGGCAGAGUGCCAGGACCAGCUGCAGGGCUACGAGAGGAAGAACAUCGACCUCACGGCCAUCAUAUCAGACCUGCGCAGCCGGAGUGAUUGUAGUCAUAGGAGCUGCCGCUCGACCGGAGCGGCUGGGGCCUCCCGCUCUCACCCCCGCCCCCGGCUCCUGCCUCCGCCGGCCGCGGCCUCUGCUGCCCUUCACGCUCUGCUGCCGUCCUCAGCCGUGCCGCCACCAGCAGACACCAAGUUGCAGAUCGAGCAUCAGGGGGACAAGCUGGAGAUGGCGAGAGAGAAACAUCAGGCUUCCCAGAAGGAAAAUAAACAGCUGAGUCUGAAGGUGGAUGAACUGGAGAGGAAACUGGAGGCGACCAGUGCCCAGAAUAUCGAGUUCCUACAGGUGAUCGCCAAGAGGGAGGAGGCGAUCCACCAGUCCCAGCUGCGACUGGAGGAGAAGACACGAGAAUGCGGGUCCCUGGCGAGGCAGUUGGAGAGCGCCAUUGAAGAUGCUAGGAGGCAGGUGGAACAAACCAAGGAGCACGCAAUCUCCAAGGAGCGGGCUGCGCAGAACAAAAUCCUGGACCUUGAGACCCAGCUGAGCAGGACCAAAACGGAACUCAGCCAGCUGCGGCGGAGCCGGGAUGAUGCUGACCGCCGCUACCAGAGCCGGCUGCAGGAUCUGAAAGAUCGCCUGGAGCAGUCAGAGAGCACCAACCGCAGCAUGCAGAACUACGUCCAGUUCCUCAAGUCGUCCUAUGCCAACGUAUUUGGGGAUGGUCCCUACACCACCUUCCUGACCAGCUCUCCCAUUCGCUCCCGAUCUCCUCCUGCUAGGGCCGCCUGCCACCCUUGGGCGGGGAGCCCAGGUGGAUGCCGUGGGAACGAGGCCUUGCUAAGCCAUACCUGGAAAGCCUGCUGGUUUUCCUCUCUCAUUUCGUGAUGAAGUAUGUUCGGGAUCUUGUCCGAGCUGCUAGCUCCCGAAAAGUGCCUGAGGCAGCCAGAGAUGCAGCAGGACCCCCUUGGUUCUCUCCUCUCUGAUAGCAUCGCCCGACGGAAGUUUUUAAUUUCCAUGGCAGGCCUUAACAUCUUUUACUCCUAGGGUCAGGUUGUAACCCACCGGGACUUUGUUCCUUUCCCAAGAGAGCGUUUGGGCUGGACUUUCCAGUCCCCUUACAGGGUCCUCUUUUUAGGGCUCCUUCUCUUGGGUUUUCUCUGACCUGAACCAGCAGGCGCUGUUUGCCAGAGGUCCUCACCCCUCUUCACAGAUCGCUUGCUGUUUUCCUUAUUUCCUGGGUACGGUGUUUCGCCCAAGGGGCUCCCUCCCAGGCCCAGUGGAAACCUCUCAUGGCCAAGUUUCCUUGAGGCCACUGGCCCUCACGUACUUCCCAGCAGACACGCGCGGGCUUACAUCCCGUUGGCUUUGUAAAAGCAGAAUCCCAAUUUCAUGGGCUUUUGAGCCUCUUUGCCAGGUUUGUUCCUAUAGAAGGCAUUUAUUCUUGAAAAAAAUGUGUGUCGUUUUACAAAAAGCUUCUAUAAUCAAUAUUUAAGGCUCCAUUGAAUGAUUUCCUUUACCCACCUCCAUCCCUCUUCGAAAAAAUGUUUCAGUAAAAUGCCGCAGGAGAGCCAGUAAAUGUCGUUAAAGGAUUUGGCGCGUGGAGCAUUAGACUCUUCAUUUCAUUUUGGCUCUUUCUCCCUUGUGCACUGUCAUCUGUAAUCCCACGAAAGGACUGAAAGGGACACACCAGAAGGCAGGGCUCAGGGUUUGGGGGCAGACGGUGUAGCUGUUAGGAGGAAGAGGACAUGUGUACAUAUUGCUAUUCUUUAAACAUCAGUUGCUUUCGGAAUGAUAAGAUGAGGGGCUAUUUUUGUUCUCUUCACAUUUUCCUGUAUUUAUAAGAAAGAGCAACACAUCCUUCAGGGAGAAGAGAACAAAUCUGGUACUGGCUGCACCUUGAACUUUCCAUUCCAGCUGGCAUUGGCCUUCUGGGUGAUCCAGUCUUGUCCCCUCUUGGCCACUCUGACCCAAGUCCAGAACUCCAGACAAUUCCUGUGUCCUUAAAAGCAGUGGGUCCCACUUGGGCCUCUGGAUGUCACCAUCAGAACCUCUCUCCACCCCAAUUUAGGAAACGUUUGUAGUUUCUAGCUUUUUAUUUUACCGAGGAAGGUCCCUGAAAUAACUACCACCAGCUACCAUUGCCACGAAACCAGGCCUGUGGUCACACACUUAAUGUCAAUGGACUUGUACUUCGUAUCGUGUAUGAAAGAUCUUAAGAGACCGUUGUGGCUUCCUGCUGCAGCGCAGUGGGUUAAGAAAUGACCACAUAGAAUUCCUGUCGUGGCUCGGUGGUAACAAAUCUGACUGGGAUCCAUGAGGAUGCGGGUUCGAUCCCUGGCCUCGCUUAGUGGGUGAAGGAUCCGGCAUUACCAUGAAUUGUUGUGUAAGUCACAGAUGAGGUUCAGAUCCCAAGUUGCUGUGGCUGUGGUGUGGGCCAGUAGCUGCAGCUUUGCUUCAGCCCCUAGCCUGGGAACUUUCAUAUGCUGCGGUACAGCCCUAAAGAGCCAAAAAUGAAUAAUUAAACAAAUCUGACUACAGUAGCUCAUGUCGCUGUGGAUUAAGGUGCAGUGGGUUAAGGAACUGGCGUUGCUUCAGCUGUGACAUAGGUGGGGCUUGGAUUCCAUCCCUGGCCUGGGAAUUUCCAUAUGCCAUGGGUGCAGCCAAAAAAAAAAAAAAAAAAAAAGACAGUUGGCAAACUCACACCCAUGUGUAUUCAUUUCUGUAUAACUCAUGACUCUUAUUUUUGUCAAACUAAUGGAAACCUCUUCAGUACAGAGCUCUGCUGUGGGUGAUGCUGGUGUGGGAAACACCCCCCUUGGGGGCCAUUGCUGGAAUUCUCCCAACAACGUUCUAUUUUUCUUUGUAAAAUACUGUAUGACAAAAAGCCCAGAGUGUUUUUGAUAAAUGAAAAAUGUUUCUAUUGC